AAAUGAAUCUUGAAAUGUCAUUACCAUUUCAGUAGGCAAUCUAACAUUCUCAGUUAUAUUUUUUUAUACUGUUUUAAAAUAAUGAAAUCAAUUUUUUUCCGAGUAAUAUUUUUCUUGUUCCUAAGUUGUAGUCCUUCACUCAAUGUAAACGCGAUUUCCAAAACUUUAUCCCCAGAAGAAACACUAAAAAAAGAAAAGGAAAAAAUAACACAGGACUUAGAAGGUGUGCCAGAUCAAGGACCAGUAUUAAUUCAAUGGUUGGCUAGGGAACGAAUAGAACGGAAAGAAGAGUUGGCUAGCCAACGAAAAGAAUGGAAAAAAGAAAUGUCAUGGUACAUACGUAAAAACACUAACCUUCUUGGUGAAAACAAGAAGUUUCGAAAGGUAGUUUUGAGAAUCAGUCCAAGAGUUUAUCUCGACGACGUUGAAGCUCUAUAUUCUCCUAUGUAUUUCGAUUUCCUUGACGAAAGAAAAAAACAGGAAAAUCAGCAUCGAUUAGAUUACGACCGAACCACAGGUAAAAAACCCCCUUAUGUACCUUUGUUCACCACUCCAAAAGACCUGCCGAGCAAGCAUGAUCCUAGGGCAGUUAGGAUUCGUAAAAAAGCGGAUAUGUGGGCAUGGUUUCUCGAUAACCUCCAGACAGAAGUAGACAUCGCAAAAAUUUUGCAGAACAUAGAAUCUGCAUUCCGCAAAAAUCACGACCCUCCCAUUGCAGAUGGACCAUUAAGUCCCGCCUUGCAAGAAGAAUUUAAAACAUACAAGAAAAAUUGUUGUGACACCAUCGGCUGGGUCCAUGAAAAGUCGUCUUUCUUAAUUCAUGGAUAUGAAAUUGUCGAUUUGCUUAGCGGCAAGUUGAAAAAAUUGAGCGCGUACGGUAAUAAAAUCGAUCCAUUCCUCGCGCCCGUACUGAACGCUCUUAUCUCACAUAUCGCUGAUGAUGAUGACGAUGAUGAUGAUUAUGAUGGUGAUGGUGAUGAUGAUGAUGAUGAUGAUGAUGAUGAUGAUGAUGAUGAUGAUGAUGAUGAUGAUGAUGAUGAUGACGAUGAUGAGAAAGCUGAUGAUGAGAAAGCUGAUGAUGAGAAAGCUGAUGAUGAGAACGCUGAUGAUGAGAAAGCCGAGAAAGUAGAAAGAUGAUGAGAAAGAUGAAUCGAAUUUUCAAAAAGAUGAACCGAAAUAGGAGUGUACUAAACGGUAUUGUACAUACUAACUAGUAUUAAUUCAAUUUAUUCAUAAUUUAAGAAUUAGGAGAUUAUAUACUAAUAAUUUUUACUUUCUAUGUUUCAAAUACCAUAACAUUACGUUUUUUGUUGUUUUUUCUUUCGAAAAAAAUCCACCAAUUUUUUCACAACUGUCAUCAUACAUAAACAUAAUGUUUUACAACGAUGCAACGUUAAGAAAAAUCGCAAUUUUUUAAUAAAAAGGCAAAAGCGAUACUUUUUCGAAAAAUUGCAUUUUGAAAAUUUUUUAAUAAUAAGAAAAAAUAGGUAAAAAAGCUUCAAGACCAUGAGAUUCUCGACCUCAAGAAAUCAGGAGCCUUUGACUUUUCUCGUAAAUAAGUAGGUGCAGGUGCCCUCCAGGGCCCAGGCUCUGAAGACACAUUGAGCUGGAGCCUGUGCUCAGGAGACUGAAGACCAAGUAAAUUUUCAAAUUAAAAAUUAUUUUUCAAAGAAAAGAAAAUCUCCGAUUUUGACACAUGUAAGUAGAUAAUUAUUAGCACCGCAUCUCAAAUUUACACGAUUUCAAUUCCCAGCUUUAAUAUCCCCUCUUCAAAAGACUUUGUGAACUUUCCUCAUGAAACUCUCCAAGCCUCUGAUACGGAGACCUGAAGACUGAAAGUGGUCCCAGAUUUUAUUUAAUUUCCCUCAGAAUUUUCCAUUUUGCUUUAUAUUUUGAAAGCGUCCAAAAUUUUCAAAAUUCUGCGAUUUUUUGAUGAACACUUUUACAGGAAGGACUGAGAAAGUACUCUCAUAAUUUGGAUUCAUUCACCCUGAAAAACUUUCAUUUUGUCAUGCUUCGGAAAUGACACCACAAAUAAAAUUUUCAAAAUUCCAAUCCUUCUUCAGAGCCCCUGCUUCGAGAGCUGAUUUCCAAGAGGAACUCCAAAUUCAAAUCCACAUCUUUACUUUCAAAAAUCCUUAACCUACUCGAACAAAUAGUUACAUUUGGCAGAUCUUGUAACUCAAAAAAGUCCAGAAAAUGAAAUUUUCGAUGAAAUCCAUCAAUUUUUACCAUAAAAAGCGAAUAAUAAAUACGAAGACAAAUCACACCUCUCCGCACAAUCUCGAAACAAUAUCCGUUCCAUUCUCAAAUGCACAUACGAGAACUCAAUUUGAUAAAAACCAUCGCUCACAUCAAUACUACACGAAGCGUCUAAAUUGCAUUCAAAACACAUACUUACAGCAUAUUAAUGAAAUUACAUUCGAGUAUAAUAGAGAGCAGUAUAUUCCAAUAGAAUAAUCUAUUCAUCAGUUGAACAAACAACAAUGCAGCCGAAACCGCCGCCAAACAGAUGAAAAGCACUCUCAACACCUUUGAAAACAUACGAGUAAGUACAGGUCUAGCAUGAGCAACAUAUUACCGAAUAAAAUCAGCGUGAAAAUACAUUCUGAAAAAAUGACGUUAACCAGGCAAAAACCAUUAGCCAAACACACAUACGAAAAAUAUUUAAUAGACGUUCGCAAACCGUCUUCUCAAUCCCAUUACCAUUACCUUAUAGAAAAGCGAAUCUCUUUACACAAUUCUAGGCACCUAGGCUAAUAUUCCCAUCUAACGUACAGGUAUAUAAGUACCUAAUUUAAAAACUCGUAUGUAAAAAAAAUACAAGUAGUGAUGAAAAAUUUCUCCAGUUACGCGGAAACGCAGCGAAAACCCUCGCAUUCACUUUCAACGAGCUAAAAGAUCCCGUUAAAAUGACGUACGGUAAGUACAUAGAUAUUAGGUACUUUUGAAAUGCGAAAAAUCACUGACACACGUCAACGUGGCAGAUGCUAAUUUCACAUCAAAAGAAACAAGCCUACGUGCAAUUAGUUAGAUAUAUACAACUUUUAAUUUCGCGACGACGAUGAAGGCGAAGAAGGCAAUAAAAAAAAACCAUGGUCCUCCUCAUCAUCAUCAUCAUCGCCACGAGUGCAGUACAAGUGAGAUAAAGAAGAAGAGAAAAACCAGCAGCAAUGGCGGAGCAAGCAAGCAAGACAACAGAUUUGAGAGAGACGAGAAGACGUGUUGUCUCGUGCAAUACACACUGAUCUGCUGUUCGUCAAUCGUCAAUUUAUCCAAUUGGCCAAUGCCAAUUGUCACACGACGACGACGAAUACUUACGAUGAUAGAAAAACAAGAUAGCUUUGGUCGUCGAUUAAUACCAAGCAUGACACAUUUCAAGGGAAAGUUAACGUACAAUUAAAGAAAACACCGCGCUGCCGAAUACUUCGUUUUUCAUCGAUAGUAUUCUGUUUUUUUUUUUUUUUUCUAUAUACGAAUAAAAGCGAGACAUCUUUAUGCAAAGGACACACGUUCUUCCCUUUGGUCAUUUGGACUGAUGCGUGUAAUUGAUGAUUGCUGCUCAGCAGACACACAUUUAUAGCCAUCGACGACGACCCAAAUAAUCCUCGAGUAUUUUUUAUUUUUUUUUAUAUAACAAUUGCCAAGAUAUCGCUAGUUCUUCAGUUGGACGCGCGACAUAACCGUAGUUAUAACUAAUAAAAAUUUUUCAUGACGUGAAAAAAAGAAAUACACAAGUUAACCCUGCAGAGUAACUAUCUACUAUAAGUUAAUCUUGGAUUUGGAUUAAUAUUUAAAUUUUGUUUUUGCAAACAAGUAUUAUGCAAAUUUCGAGGCAAAUUUGUUUAUUGUUCGGUUGGUGUUUUGUGCUUUCGGUAUAUGGAGGUGAUGUGAAUACCAUUAAUGAUCAUGGUGCGGCCGGUGGUGAUUUUACACGUAAUCGUACCAAAACUCAAGACUUCAUGGAGACAUUUUCCGCUGAUAAGUUUAAAAAGGAAAUGUGGAGAAAAUGCUCAAACAGCAGUUACGUCACGUGUGCCAAAUUAGCCCUGGUCCAUAUAAUCGAAAAACUGGACACAUCCGAAGGCUACACUUUGUUACCAGGCGUAUCAUUAUCAAAAAGAAUCGACGAUCCUGCCGGCAGAUUCGGAGAAGACCAAAUCGUCAUACGAAACGACUUCAACGACGCUCUAGAUAAAUAUUUAAUCAGCAAAAUCCACAAAUACCUUAAUUCUUUAACGUUAAGCGUAAAAUUAUUCGACAAGAACACCAUCGACGACAUGAAAUCAUUCGGUGACAACGCCAUUGAUUCUUCGAUCAAGCAAACUGGUCGAGGUAAAAAGAAAUACAUGCAUUCGUUGCUAAUGGCUGGCUGGAUGUCUGGAGCCACUCUUCUUGCAUUGACCAUGAAAACCAUAGCCAUACUCUCCGGAAAAGCUCUCCUGGCUGCUCUGCUUUCACUAAUGUUAUCCGUAAUGUCUGCUUUCAGCGGUAAAGGACAUUCUGAGAAAAGCACCACGUACGAAAUAAUCACCAAACCAAUCGUUGCUCAUCAUUCUGCAGAUGUGCACGAAGCUCAUGGCAGCGAACUUAGUCCGAAUUACGCUUAUAAUUACAACAAACGUUCCAUCGGGCCGGAAAUUAUUCUAAGGAGUGCUAAUUUACCUACAGAUAUUGAACAUAUUAUUCGUAAGAUCAACGAUCAUUCUACGUACUCACCGUCGCCUCCUUUGGAAUUUUCUAAAUCGUAAAUAAAAAUACUCGCAGGUGCCAAAUUUAUUCAUGCAAGUAGGUAGCUUGAUACUUGAAUACUACUUAUGUAUCAGAAGAUGAAAAUUGAUAAGUCUCGAGUGCCUACUUAUUUGUUUGAGAUUCAGAAGAAACUUGUAUCAAUCAGAAUCAAUUGUUCUUAAAAAAAAACGUGUGUUUUAUUAUUAUUGAAAAUUAUUACCUACCUAAAUUGUUGAAUAUUGUUGCGUUUAUGUCAUAAUAAUUUAUUUAGCCUAUUUAUUUAUUUAUUUAUUAUUUACUUAUUUAUUUCCUAUUUAAUUUAUUGUUCAUCUUUCUUGUAUGUGUUGAUAUUUGUGAGAUAGAAAAUUGUCCUUGUAUGUAAAUAACUGCAUAAGUAUUCGACGCUUCCUAUAAUUUAUAAUUAUCUACUUAUGUUUCAUGUAGGUAUUUUGAAAUGAUUAUUUAAAAAAAAAAAAAAAAAAAAAAAAUGCAAACAAACAAGCGAAGUAAGCAUUGAAAAAAAAGAAAAGAAAACAACGCACAUUUAUUACAGAAAAUAAAUAAAAUAAAAUAACUUAAAUAAAUAAAAGGAACCUGCAACACGAAAAUAAAUAAUAAAA